CUGGUUUUGAGCAACAAAGAACAAAGAGUCUCUUCAAAGACAACAAGUGAUCUACUUUUGGUCCACCAUUUUUUGUGCUUAAAUGAGGAUUUAAAUGUUCAUCUAAUGAAUUAACUUAUUUAUAAAUUAUACUAAAAAAUAAAAUUUUUGUCUUAAAAUGAAUGAGAAUGAAAAUAAUAAUAAUACUUCUGACAAAAUUACAAUAAAAGUAAGGCAUUCGGAUGAGAAUUAUCAUGAGAUUACAAUUGAUUGGGCAAAUGAAAGUUUCGAUUACAGGAAACAAUUGUUCCAUCAGUUAUCAGCAUUCACAGGCAUACCAUUCAAAUAUCAAGCGUAUGUUUUUGUAAAAGCUAAUGAAAGAAUAUCUUUCGAUUUGCACAACAUUGAAUUCUAUGAUGAACUCUCGCUUCCGGAUGAUAAAGAGCUUGCAAUGGAGCAAAUUCAGGAUGGCGCUUGUUAUUUUUUCAAAACAUAUUUAGGCCUCUUCUAUCCUAAUCUCGCAAGUAUUUUCUGUUUCUAUCAACUGAUUCAUCGUGAUCUGGUCAAUGAAAAUGACUGCAACUUCUAUUAUUGUCACUCUUUGGGUAGUCGUUUCUUCACGAAGAAAUUUUCAGAGAUAAUAAAAUCCGAACACUUGCAGACAUUUCUGGAUCGAAGACGUGAGGGACAAACAUGGGAAACUUUAACAAGAAUUAAAUUAAAUCUGAAUAUUGAACACCUUACUGGCCUAAUAUGCCGGCGAUAUUUCGAAUCUUUUGGACAAUUUGAAUUUCGGUUCUCUGAUUACUAUUUGCGUUACCGAGGUUAAUGAAGAUAUACACCUUGUAAAACUUAGAACCUAGGUUUUUGCGUU